AUGCUGGAAGCAAAGGAAGUAGUUGAGAUCUCAAAAGCAGAUCCAGAAGUUGUAUCUAGGAUUAAAAAUUUGUCUAAAACAGUUCCAAUCGUUGACACCCACAAUGAUUUCCCAUAUUUAUUGAGAGGCCAAUUACACUAUGAGUUUUCCAGUAAUGGAGACUUCGAUUUUAACCAUACAACGGCGCAUACAGACUUAACCAGAUUGAAGGAGGGAGGAGUUGGGAUCCAAUUUUUCAGCUGUUUUAUUGAGUGCCAAAAUGAAGACAGGUAUAGCCAAGAUUUUAAUGUUCCUAACAGUGCUGUUAGAGAUACUUUAGAACAAAUUGAUUCUGUUAAAAGGCUAUGUGCAGAUUACGAGAUAGCAGUUGUUUCUAAUUCAGAGGAUGCUUUGAAGGCAUUUAAUGAGGGGAAGUUUGUUGUGACUAUGGGAAUUGAAGGGUUACAUCAAGUGGACAUUUCGUUAUCAGUUUUAAGGUUGUACUAUGAAUUAGGAGUUAGAUAUGCUACUUUGACUCAUAACGGUGACAAUCCUUUUGCUACUUCAGUUUCAUCAGUCACAGGUGGGUUAGAAGAUAAAGGUUUAAGCAAGUUUGGCGUUGAAUGUGUGGCAGAGAUGAAUAGAUUAGGGAUGAUCGUGGAUAUUUCUCAUGUUAGUGACAAAACCAUGAAAGAUACUUUGAAAGCAACCAAAGCACCUGUGAUGUUUUCUCAUUCAUCUUGUUAUGGCGUGACUCCUCAUCCUAGGAAUGUGUCUGAUGAGGUGCUUUUACUAUUGAAGAAAAACAGUGGAGUUAUCUGUAUUAAUUUCUACAAUCCUUUCAUUACCCAACUGGAAUCUGGGGAAGCUACUAUUGAAGAUGCAGCAGAUCACAUUGCUCACGCUAUCAAUCUUGUAGGAUGGGACUAUGUUGGGCUUGGUUCAGACUUCGAUGGAUGCAGUUCAGUUCCGGUAGGGUUAGAGGACGUAUCGAAGUAUCCUGAAUUGAUUGCCAAGGUUCUCGAAAGAACCAAUGGAACUGAUGAAGAUGUUGCUAAGCUUAUGGGUGGUAACGUCAUGAGAGUUUGGAAAGCUAGUGAGGUUGUAGCUGCUCUGUUGAGUAGCCAACAACCUAAUGAGGCAAAUUGGGAAGAUAGGGAUUGGUACGUCCUUGGCUAUGGUUACCCUGAAUUGUUUCCUGGUGCAUUGCAGUUGAAGGAGACUAAAUUUAGACCCACUAUGAGCUGGGAAUUUCUUUAGAGAUUUUUUUAGAUAAAUAAACAAGUCUUUUGAGUGUAUGAGUCAGAACUCGUAAAGCGGACGAUUUGGCAUUGGACAGUAUACUGAUUUAGACUUGUAUCGGCCACUCUGACUAUAGUUUCGUAAUAUAAAAUUUAAGAUAAUAUGGUAGUUUAUUUGAAGCUUCUCGUGAUUAGAUUUACAACUCAUGGGCUUGCCGGGAUAGAAGGAUUGUUUACAAUAAUAUGCAAGCCAAAAGUCUUUUCAUACUCUUGAUAGGGCAGAUUGAUUGACAGUCUUGUCCAUCAUCUACAACAUUAAGUAUGUGAACUUAGGGGUAAAAUGCAGCCAGCUAAGCAUUUCUUUGUCGGUUGUAUCUCAAGGUGAAUUGGGCCAUGUAACCACAGCCACGUUGGAUACUACUCUCUUCCAGUUGAACGAUAUUUCUUUGAUUACUUCUCUUUGCUGUUCUAAUUGGAUCAGCUUUGACCCCUUUAAUCUUAUAUAAUCCUGCUCACCCUUA